UUACAUACAUUUGACAUUGACAGACUCUGAAUAAUCGUCUUGUGUUUUUGUGAUUGGAAUUAUUGUACGUCGAAUUCGAGAUUUUUGCAGAGAGAAAAAAGGAAUGAAUGCUGUUGUAGCACUAUGCCACUUCUGCGAAAGCCAUGGUCCUAGUUCAGUUUUCUGUACGCAAACGCUACGAGACUCCAAGAUCGAUGAGCAAUUAUUCAAUUUCGAUGGAAAUAAAGUGUGUUCUGCGUGCAACUCAAUUGGACUAUCCCUCGGUAUGCUAAGUCGUGACGAAGAGAGCAAUGCAAAUUUCUUGAGCACACAGACACCAGUAAUAACCGAAGUAGUAUCACUAGUAAAGCAAGCAGCUGUAAGGAGUCUUAGCUGUGAAGUCAGUUCGAACAAAGACGGUGGUUUCGUUUUCUUUGGCGACUCGGCGCGAGGACAUGUACUUAGCCACACAUUUCAAAUACGGGAUUCUCAAGCCCGUGGUUUCUACAAGCUGUUUGCCAUCGUGAUAGUCAUGAAGGACAAGAUGUUCCUAUUGAAUAUUCAACCGUUUCUAUCCGAAAAUCUGACGAAAAUAUCGACAAUCCUGAAAAACUACGCAUUGGAUACAUAUAAAGCGGAGCAGUCGAAAUGUUCCGAAAGAGCGCAGCGAUUAACUUCCGGACAACCGAAUACUCAGGCACCACGAUCCUUAGCCGAAUUAACUGGUGAAACGAAUAUAUACGCAGAGCUACACACUCACUUCACGUGGAUACUAUGGGCAGGUGCACGGUGUUUGUCUGAGUCAUUAACAUUAGGAAGUCCAACAGUGCCGCCGUUCAUUGGUCGAGACACCGAGGAAGGAUUUUCACUGGUUCAAAUGGACAAGGAAGGAUGGCUGCUCAAUAAAUAUGGCUUGGAUAAUGAUGACGAUGAAUUUUACUCGCUACGAAAAUGUAAAGAAAUUCUCAGAUCUGACUUUGUGGCAGUAUGCUAUUGCGUGAUUGUUGGCCUACAGGUGAUACUACGAGGACCGUCGUCGAAGACAAUCAUUUUAAUGAAAUCAUUACGAAAGUUAUUACCGGAAUCGAUGCACACAUUGAUUCGAAGUGAUAGUCAACGGUACGUGCCUCCCACCGAAUGCAAAUUAUUGUCAGUUGUACCUGAAGUAGCUGUGCCCCAACCGUGCAGUACGAUUUUUCGUGUUGAUUUCAUUAGCAAUGACGAUUUAGUAAGUGUCAAGUGGACUGGAGAAAUGCCUACGAAAUAUCCAGAUCUGUUAACGAAAGUUAUUAAAGCGGUGGACGAGAAAUUAUUUACCGAUUUUGUUUUAUACAAACAUCUCAAAGUGCUUGUCGAGGAGUGGAAAAACAAAAUUCUAUGUACCAAAAAGGUGACGUCGAGCCAAGAUUUGGCCAAACUGAAGAAAAUUCUUGGAAUUCAGCAACACGAUCAAAUGCUCGUAAAUUAUUGGAGCAACUGGCUGUAGCAAUGUAAUACUUGUAUAUGUGUAAUUCUCGAAAAUAAAGUCCGAUUUGUCAAGUUCCAAUUGUUGAUUUAUAUUUCCGUAAGAACAUAAAUUUCACAAAAAUUGUUUACUUCUUGUAACCACAGCUACGUCUGCGACCUCUAGCCCGUUCAAAUUUACGUCCCUUGGAGCGUACAUAUGGUCUGGUGUGUGAAUGUGGCACACCAGGUGCUUUGCCGAAGUGCUUAUUAGCUGUACGGGCCGUACGUUUACCUUGGAUCAAUAGAGUUCCCUUGCCAGUUGGUGAACGCGUUGCCAAUUGAUCGAAA